AUGAAGAUAUUUCUGCUUUCAAGGCUCCCAACAACGGGACGUACUCGAGUCGCGGCGUCCACCAGCUCAAGUGAAGCGGGGCAUGUGUGGCAAAUGGCUCCCGCCACUGAUUUGGCCACCGCUUCGGCCAACGUCAUCAAAGGGACACCGGCGGCGUCUGCUCGUCGAAGAGCCGCCCAACUGGCCCAUUCAACUGGACAUGAGUCAGACGUGUCUGUGUCUUCGGGGCCCAUCAUUUCUGGCGACGCCGACGCUCGUGAAGGAACUCGAUAUUCGCCCAAUGUUGCGGCUGAAGAAACAAAAUAA